CCGCUGUCACCUCGCCGUCCGGAGCCGCUGUGGGAAACAGGGGCCGUGAUGCUGGUGAAGAAGUGCCUGGUGAAGUGCCUGCACCGGCUGCAGAAGGGCCCGGGCUACUCGUACAAGGAGCUGCUGCUGUGGUACUGCAACAACACCAACACCCACGGCCCCAAGCGCAUCAUCUGCGAGGGGCCCAAGAAGAAGGCCGUGUGGUUCCUCAUCACGCUGCUCUUCACCUCCCUGGUCUGCUGGCAGUGGGGCGUCUUCAUCCGGACCUACCUGAGCUGGGAGGUCAGCGUGUCCCUCUCCCUCGGCUUCAAGACCAUGGACUUCCCCGCCGUCACCAUCUGCAAUGCCAGCCCCUUCCAGUAUUCUAAAGUCAAGCAUUUGCUGAAGGAUCUGGAUGAGCUCAUGGAAGCGGUCCUGGAGAGGAUCCUAGCUCCCGAGCAGAGCUAUGCCAACGCCACUAGGACCCUGAACUUCACCAUCUGGAACGACACACCGUUGGUUCUGAUCGAUGAGCAGAACCCCCACCGCCCAGUGGUCCUUGACCUCUUUGGGGACGUCCACAAUGGCUCAGCAGACAGCAGCCUAGCACCAGGAAGGACCUGCACUGCCCAGGGGUGCAAAGUGGCCAUGAGACUAUGCAGCCUCAACGGGACCGCGUGCACUUUCCGGAACUUCACCAGCGCCACCCACGCCGUGACGGAGUGGUACCAGCUGCAGGCCACCAACAUCUUCUCGCAGGUGCCCACGCACAAGCUGGCGGAGAUGAGCUACCCCGCCGAGCGGCUGAUCCUGGCCUGCCUGUUCGGGUCCGAGCCCUGCAGCUACAGGAACUUCACGUCCAUCUUCCACCCAGAUUAUGGCAACUGUUACAUCUUCAACUGGGGCAUGACAGAGAAGGCGCUCCCUUCGGCCAACCCCGGAGCUGAGUUCGGCCUGAAGCUGAUCCUGGAUAUAGGCCAAGAGGACUAUGUGCCCUUCCUCACGUCCACGGCCGGUGCCCGGCUGCUGCUCCACGAGCAGAGGUCCUACCCCUUCAUCAAAGACGAGGGCAUCUACGCCAUGUCAGGGACAGAGACAUCCAUCGGGGUGCUGGUGGACAAGCUGGAGCGCAUGGGCGAGCCCUACAGCCAGUGCACCAUGAAUGGCUCCGACGUCCCCGUGCGAAACCUCUACAGCAACUACAACACGACCUACUCUAUCCAGGCCUGUAUUCGCUCCUGCUUCCAAGAGCACAUGAUCCAGAACUGCAGCUGUGCCCACUACCUGUACCCACUGCCCCGCGGGGAGAGAUACUGCAACAACCGGGAGUUCCCAGACUGGGCCUAUUGUUACUCACGCCUGCGCAUGAGUGUGGCCCAGAGGGAGACCUGCAUCAACAUGUGCAAGGAGUCCUGCAAUGACACCCAGUAUAAGAUGACCAUCUCCAUGGCCGACUGGCCUUCCGAGGCCUCUGAGGAUUGGAUUUUCCACGUCCUGUCUCAGGAGCGGGACCAGAGCACCAACAUCACCUUGAGCAGGAAGGGAGUGGUCAAGCUCAACAUCUACUUCCAAGAAUUCAACUAUCGCACCAUUGAGGAGUCGGCAGCCAAUAAUAUUGUUUGGCUGCUCUCAAACCUGGGUGGCCAGUUUGGCUUCUGGAUGGGGGGCUCGGUGCUGUGCCUCAUCGAAUUCGGAGAGAUCCUCAUCGACUUUGUGUGGAUCACCGUCAUCAAGCUGGUGGCCUUCGCCAAGAACCUGCGGCAGAGACGCGCCCAGGCUCGCUAUGCUGGCCCGCCGCCCACCGUGGCCGAGCUGGUGGAGGCUCACACCAACUUUGGCUUCCAGCCUGAUGUGGCCAGGCCUGGCCCCGACCCCGGGACCUACCCUGAUGAGCAGACUGUGCCCAUCCCGGGCACCCCACCUCCCAACUAUGACUCCCUCCGUCUGCAGCCGCUGGACAUCAUCGAGUCUGACAGUGAGGGCGAGGCCAUCUAGACCCGGGGAAACCAGAACUCACACUUUGGGGUGCUCUCUCCAAAGGGCCAGGACAGUGGGUAUCCAAGGCCAGAGUCUGUGUCUCUCUACAGAGAGACCAGCAGCUCCUGGCCAGUCCCAGGCUGAGGGCUCUGUAGGGUCAUGUUGCGGGUACAGAUGUGGGAAAUAUGUGCUCAUUUGGUUCCUGCCCACACCCCCAACCUGACCUGAUCCUUGGCUGGGAUGUCCCCAGCCUGGCUCAAGAGACCCUGGGACACUGUCCGCUGCAGGCAGGCUAGUUUCUUCCCAGUGCACUGUCUGCUCCCGAGACAAACGGCCCGGCAGGCCGUGCUGUCUGUCCCCACAGUCUUGGCUGACCUCUGCGAGCGGGUUUAGUGAGGUGAGCAACUGUGGAGAGCAGGAAGAGCAUCGGGCCCGGGGGCAGGGGCGGGGGUGGGGGGACGUGCUGCGGGGUGGCCCGUGUUUUGUUCUAGAAAAUAAAAGAAGCAUCCAUAGUGGCUGGAAAGCAAGGGCCUGGCCGCGGUAAGGCUCUCAAGCAGGUGAUUUCGGCGUUGUCCCCACAGCCUACUUGUGACUUACUCAGCGCCAUCCACCAGUCCUCUCGGGGUGGCAAGGACAGAGAGAAAGAGAAUGAGACUCAAGCUGGCUUAAGAGAGAGAAUCUCAAGGACCGCAAACGGUGUCUCUGGGUCUCAGCUUUCCUGGGCAGGCUCCCCUCACACUCAAAGUCCGCCCGCGAGGCCAAACUCACCUCACCGGGUAAGGACCCCUUUCCCAGUUGUCUCUGCAAGUUCCUAGGCUGACUCUCAUUGGUCACUGAUUGGGUCACAUGCUUGCCUCUGAGCCAAUCAGCGUGACCGGCUGCUUGGAUGGGCCAGACCCUGCCCAUACCUGAGGCCAGGUGGCCCCCAGCAGAAUCAGGUGGUGGGGACACCAGGCCAAAGAUUGCCGGAUAAAAUACAGGCCCCCAAGUUAAAUAGGAAUUUCAGAUAGACUAUGAAUUGACUUUUUUAGUGUGAGUAUAUCCAAGUAGUAUUUGGGACAGGGGCACCUAGGUGACCCAGCAGGUUAAGUGGCUGACUUUUGAUUUCGGCUCAGGUCAUGAUCUCA